AGAGUGUUUACCAGUGAUUCAGUUGCGGCUCAAACAGCGGUGAAUACAGACGUCGAUAGUUUAACCACAAACUAGUCUCCCCUCCACGUGGUCCAACCGAUCGCUAGCAUAGAAUGCAGUUGUAGUUGUGGUUCUGUGCCAGACGGUUUCUUGCAGCCUACAGUGAAGCAGGUGGCUUACCGAGAGAGAUCGUACGCGCGCGUGGUUAAAAAACGUUCAAAGUACCUUGAAGAGAAGAGAAAUAAUCUCCAGAGGCUGUUCAACUAGUUGGGCAACUGCAAUUACAAAUGAUCACUGUUCAGUAGUAAAUGCUUCUUGAGACGUACGAGCCAGAAAAGCCUCCGUUGUGUGUAUAGUUUGGAAACGUGAUUACCUAUGCAUCUCGAGAGUAAAUUGGACAACUUUUGAAUGUAUGGCACCGAGUGUUGGAUCACAGUACGCUAAGUUAAAAGUGGCAAUACGUGAGAAUUAUCUAAUCUAAUCUAACCACGACGCUUGCUGAACAACUCAUUGUUGGUGGAAACUGAAUCAGAACAAAUCUCGCCGUAAAGAAGUGAACAUAAAAUUAAUAAGCACGUUCUACAGAUUACUUCGUACCAGAAAACGACUAUAUUUGCUGCUUCACCAAAGUUAAAGAUGGAUAUCGACAGCAACGACGGGCGUGAUCGCAUCGGGCCCUUGUUCCGGGACCGGCACGUACUAAUUACCGGUGGAACUGGAUUUAUGGGAAAGGCUCUUAUCGAGAAAUUGCUGAGAUGUACAGAAGUAGCCAAAAUUUAUUUGCUAGUACGACCAAAGAAAGGCAAAAUACCAAAGCAACGGUUAGAAGAAAUGUUUGCCAAUCCGAUCUUCAAAUCAGUGAUUCAGCUCCGUGGUCUUGAAACAUUGAUUUCCCAAUGCGUGCUGAUAGGCGGCGAUGUCAUGGAACCGGAUUUGGCCAUCUCAGAAGUGGACAAACAGCUGAUAAUAGACAAUGUUUCGAUUAUCUACCACUGCGCGGCCACAAUCCGUUUCGACGAAGCACUCAAGAAGGCGGUUCUUCUCAACACCCGCGGAACGAAACUGAUGGUCGAACUGGCGAAGCAAUGCAAAAAACUGGAGAUGUUCGGCUAUGUUUCAACCUCUUACUGCCACCUGAACGAAAAGUUGUUACUGGAAAAGCCCUACUCUCCGCCGGCAGAUCCGCACAAGGUGAUCAAAGCUAUUGAGUGGCUCGAGGAUGACGUGGUUGAUGGAAUGACCCGAAAAAUUCUCGGAGAAUGCCCCAACACCUACGCUUACACAAAAGCCCUCGCGGAAGCCCUCGUGGUAGAAUCGAUGAAGGACAUUCCAGCGGUUGUCUUCCGACCUUCGAUAGUAGUACCCACCUGGAGGGAGCCACUGUCCGGGUGGACAGACAACAUCAACGGCCCAGUCGGAUUGCUGAUCGGGGCCGGCAAGGGUGUUAUCCGGUCGAUGUAUUGCAACUCGACCGGCUACGGUGACUAUCUGCCGGUUGAUUUUGGCGUGAGUGCAAUUUGCGUAUGCACCUGGAAUUACAUCGGAAGAAAGGAUUAUACACGUAACAUUUAUCAUUUAGUAAGCUCAGCCGAGAUGAAGGUGUCGUGGAAAGCCGUCAUAGACCUUGGCAAGUCUAUUACGGCCAGCAAGGUACCGCUGAAUGGCGUCUUCUGGUACCCGGGAGGAACGAUGAAGAAAUACCGGUGGCAACACAACCUGUCCGCAUUUCUUUUCCACUGGAUUCCGGCGGUGCUAAUCGACUGCCUGCUGUAUGUGCUUGGGUAUAAACCGGUACUUUGCCGUGUACACCGGCGGAUUGCCAAGGGAUUCGAAGUUUUUGAAUACUACGCCAACAAUCAGUGGGACUUUGACAACGCCAACGUAUUGUUCCUGCGGAAGCAAAUCAACGAAGAGGAAAAAGUGAAAUUCAAGAUUGAUGCCGGAGGUGUUGAUAUUGAGGAGUACUUCGAAGCAUGCAUCUGGGGAGCCAGGCGAUUUAUUCUGAAGGAAACAGACGACACUUUACCAGCCGCAAGGAGACACAUGAAAGUCAUGUGGUGUGUGGACAAAAUUUGCAAGACUCUCAUAGUCGGUGCCUUUUUGUAUUAUUUCGGCAUGUGGAUGUACAACAGAAUAUUCUCCGGUAUCUCGCAGUGACACCCAACGAUACGUACCAUUAUCAUAGGAUAACUUUUUUUUGUUUCGAGUUUGCUAGAUUUAAUCUAAUUUCCGUUGCAUUACUUGUCAUGUAUAUUUUAGGAAGUUGAUUCUCGUCGUAGUUACAUUUCAACCGGUUCCCAUUUUAUUUGGUAAUGUGUGUCUCGAAUGAUAUCCAAAUUGAAGCGUUUGAAUACGAUUAGCAUUCACACA